AUGGAAGGGAAGUAUUACAACAUGGAUGAGUUAAACAGAAAGGCUGAAGAGGGAAAUAUGAAUGAAAUACGUGAAAUGUUGGAUGCGAGCUCUUUGUCUCAUGCUGAGUCAACUCAAAAGAUUAUUAACUCAGUUCUACUAAAAGCGGCUCAAAAUGGUCAUAUGGAAAUUGUGCAAGAAAUGUUGCGCAGAGGGGCCGAAGUUAACGUUUUUGAUAGCGACAAGAGAACUCCUUUAUUCCUGGCAGCUCAAAAUGGAUACUUGGAAAUUGUAAAGUUUCUACUGCGAAGAGGAGCAAAUCUCCUUGACGAAAAUGGCGGAAUAAACAUGUUAAUCGGAAUUUCUCAGAACGGCCACGUUCCUGUAUUUAAGUAUAUUAUGGAUAUCUGGAGCGAUAUAAAUGCUGCAAAGGAGAAUAAUUGGACACCGUUGAUGGUAGCUUCAAAAAAGGGUCAUACUGAUGCUGUACGAUACAUGUUACAACGGAAAGCUGACGUUUCAGCAAGAAAUAAGAAAAACUGGACUGCGUUGAUGAUUGCUUCCAAGUAUGGUAAUGCUGACAUUGUAAAGUGUCUAAUCGAGGAGGGUAAAGCCGAUUGGAAGGAAGACGUCAACAAUGAAAGAGCACCAUUGUGGAUAGCCUGCAAGAACGGCCAAACAGAUGUCGUGAAAUAUCUCGUCGAGAAAGAAAGCGACGUAAAUGGAACAAACAGAUACGGGUGGACGCCGCUUAUGGUCGCUUCUCAGAACGGACAUCUUGAUGUUGUUAAAUAUCUUAUUCAAAAGGGAGCUAAAGAAACGGCGUUGUAUUUUGCAUCUGAAAGAGGCCAUAAUGACGUUGUAAAAUACCUUUUAGAGAACAAAGGAAAUGUAAACGCAGCGAAGGAAGACGGAUGGGCGCCAGUAACAAUCGCUUCUCAAAACGGACACAACAAAGUUCUCAAAUCUUUGGUCGCAAAGAAAGCCAAAAUUGAUGUGGAAAGUGUUAACGGGUGGACUCCAUUAAUGAUUGCCGCUUACAACAAAGAUUUCGACGUAGUAAAAAAUUUGAUAGCUGGAGAAAUUGAUGUCAACUUGCAAAAUAAAAGCAAAAGAACGGCACUGCAUGUUGCAUCGCAAAUAGGCGACGUGAAAAUUGCUCGGCAUUUGGUAGAACGAGCAAAAAAUGCAGCCAAAAUUGAUGUUCAAGACAAAGACGAGAUGAACUGGGAAUGUCAGGCUGACUGCACUCGCGCUUCUAAGCGCUCUUCAAAAGGUUUAUUUCCUUGUUUAGAAAACGCCCUUUGUACCCCGUUCUGGAUCGCGUCUUGCAACGGUCAUGAAGAAGUUGCAAAGUACCUAGCUGACAGGGGAGCUGAAACUUCUGUAAAGAACGCGAAUGAGGAAACACCUUUGUUGAUGGCUUCAAAAAAUGGUUUCACAGCCCUUGUAGAAUACUUGAUAGAAAACGGAGCUGAAGUGAAUAUAAAAGACAAGCAAGGAUUAAUGCCACUGAUGGCUGCUGCCGCAAAUGGCCACGAGGAAAUUGUCAGAUACUUGGUGGAAGAAGGUGCUGAUCUUAACGCUCAGUGUCAAGGAGCAAAAGCAAUUGACUUUGCACAAAGAAAUUCUCAUGCUGCAAUAGUGGAAUAUCUUAAAGCUCAAGCAAACAAGAAAUGA